CUGUCAGUGACUCUAUAAAUCCCUAACAAAAACAACAACAACAACAAAAAUAAACGUGUAGUGGGUGUCAUGGCUCAAGACGGCAAGAAAAGUGGAGUUUGCUUGAAUCAUGUGUUUUUGAGUACGCAGGUUACUGCUUUACAAGUCAAGAGUAACUAUGUGUUCAUCGGUGAGGGGCAGCAUUUUCAUGUUCAUGACAUUGAUAGCGGAACAAGACUUUCCAGCAUUGAAGUCUUUCGUGCAGCAGUAGUUCAUGGCAUCCAACUUCAGUCCUAUUGCUUAAACAAUGAAGAUGUCUGGAUGGUGGCUAUUUUCGGACAAAAAAAUUUAAGUGUGAUGUGCUUCAGACCAGCUGAAAACAAAUGUUGUGUCUUUAUGGAAGAAAGAUUAUUUGGAGACUGGAUAGUGGAUGCUGCUUGGGAACAUGAUUUCUCACACAUUGUUCUUGCUCUGGCACACAACUCUCUUCUACGUUUUCAUAUUCAAAACUUACAAGAACUUUUGAAUGACAAAUUCACUUUUGAAAACAGUCAACGAGAAGGCAGCAAAACUAUAUGUGUAGUAACAAAGCCAUUAGACAAGAGAGAAGAAAACAUUUAUUAUGGAGACUUGUCAGUUUUAAGCUCUGGCCAUCUCUCAGAGAAUCGUAAGAAUAUCACUUAUUUAAACAUACCUAAUGACAUUCAGCAGCAAGUCAUUAACUUUCAAAAAGAAAACAAUCCUAUAGUAGCCACUGCUGAGUGUACUGAAAAAUGUGUGCUGUUCUGUGGUCGUGUGGUGAUGAUGUCUGGCUCCUGGGAAAGUGCUGUCCUCUUGGCAGGAAUGGUAUCUAAUCAAUUAAUAAUAUGGGGACCCUGGGGAGAGAGAGACAACAAUGGCAGAAUUAUUCCUCUUCAUUGCCUUUUAGGCCAUCAGGGUUCUCUGUUCUCAGUGAACUUCUGUCCUGUUCAGAACAUCAUUACCACAACUUCUGAUGAUAGAAGCUUGAGAGUUUGGAAUGUUGUCCAUAUAAAACAAUGUUCUAGAAAGCAUUUUAAGCAAACAUCUUACAGUUGUUCAGAACAAGAUAUACAGUACUGGAAAGAAUCACAAAUUGUAGAAAAACUGAAAUGUUAUGGACACAGUGCAAGAGUAUGGAGGUCACUCAUCUUACCUUCAUGCAUUAUAAGUGUUGGUGAAGACUCAAAAGUGUGUGUGUGGGACCAAGAGGGAAUAUUAAUUACAUCAUGGAGAGCUCAUGAUGGUGCUAGUAUCUGGAGUAUUGCAGCAACAGAGUGUGCAGAUAAGGUAGUUACUGGGGGGGGAGAUGGUAGUGUUAAAUCUUGGUGCCUUGACUUCAAAACUAAUUCUGGUGCAUUGCCACUUAAUAAUUUACCUUGGAUCUGUGAUAUCCAAGCACUGUCACAUGGAGAAAAGAAUCAGGAUAUUUUAUCAGUUAAAAUACUUUCAGAGAACCCUGGACAACAAGUGUCUAAUGUUUUAAAGAAUUGUGAAAAUAUAGAAGACAAUAAUUCUCAGUUAAAUAUUAAAAAUAGCCUUUUCAAAGAAUGUGGUAUGAAAACUUUAAAAAUUAACCAAAGAGAAAAAUCUGUAAAAUUAGAUUUUCCGAGGUGUCUCGCCUUGCUAGGAAUGAAAACAUUUCUAGUUAUGAUGGAUAGUGGAAAUUUGUAUUCGUGGAACCAAAACUCUUGGAGCCUAAGCUACAAGGACGAGCGUCUGAUGAAUUAUGUGGUGAUGGAGGCUUGCCCCAAUCAAAAUCUUGUUGCUUUGGGUACUUUAUCCGGUGAUCUAAUCAUUCUCGGAUCAGAAACAGGAGGCAUAGAAGUGUUGCUGGAUGUGAAAGUCUGUGAAGGGAAGGUAUUUUCCGUGUUGUGGCUGGCCCUGGACUGUAUCCUUGUGUGUGCAGCAGCAGGAAUCAUGACUGUUUGGGACAUUCAUCCUCACACAGGUAAAUGGAAGAAGAAGUGGAAAUAUGUCUUACCUCCUUGCAAGCAGCAGUGGGUGUCUGCAGCCUGCAUGUACCCGGCAACAGCUAGAAAUGCAACUCAGAGUCUCAUUUGUGGAGAUCGGGCAGGAAGUCUUCACUUGUAUUCCAAAGGUGUACCCAAAGCUCAACAUACACUCCGCGGCAUUCAUGGCAGAAGUGGCGUGACAAGCUUGUCUCUGCAUGGGGACUUUAUCUAUAGCACCGGUCGAGAUGGGGGUGUGCGUUGCUUAUCUUUAAAGGAUGGACAGCUACAAGUAAUUACAGUCUCAAGAGUCAGCAGUGUGAAUUGGGUAGCAAAGCUCGUAUUCUUAUUUGGAAGACCCUUAGCUGUUUGCUUUCAUGAUGUAAAGUUAAUAGUAUGGAGUUUGGAAGAUGACCGAUCAGUGGUGGAAGUUGAAUGUGGUGGUGGCCAUCGGUCGUGGAGCCUUCAAGCAUCUGAGACAGAAGAUGAGCUAAUUUUCCUGUUUCUGAGAGACAGCAUACCUUUUACUUUUCAUACCACUCUGAAGGACAAACUUCUUCCUUUAAUCAAGAGCCCAGUGAACACACAUGAAACCAUGUGCCUACAGAUACUUUUCCAACAUGGCUUCGAGACGAUAUUUGCUACAGGAGGUGAAGACACAACGCUGCGGCUUCACUCCAUUUUGGGCUCUGAAAAUUGUAAAGCUCUGAGUGUUAUUCGUAGCCAUAUAUCCAGCAUCAAGGCAUUGUGCCUGAUAGAGAGAGGAGAAAGAGCAGCUGUUGUUGAGGGCAAAGAUUCUUCAAUGUGGAUGGUGUCUGCUGGGGGACGUGCACAGGUGAAAGUCUGGAGGACUGUUCUUGGGGAGCUAGAAAUUUUGAGAAACUUUGGGAAUGAAGUCCAUAAUGACAGUAGCAUCGAAAAGCUAUUCAAUAAAGAUGUCAUAUGUCAAGAAGUUACAUCUCACAUGUUACGUACUGGCUCUCACAAAACCUGGAAGAGUCAAGAGUUAACCUUUGACCCCGAAACACGCUUUAUGGAUGCCACUGCAUUUUGGCUAACUGAAACUAAAGCUUUAUUGGCAUUGGCAUCCUCUGAUGGGCUCCUAAGAAUUUUUCAGUUUAGUACUGAAACAGAAAGGCUGGAGAUGGUGUGUUCUGAAGAGUGGGAUCAUUGUGUGUUGAAAGUUUCACGACUACAAGUACCAGAUACAACUAUCCUUGUCUCAACAACUACAGGUGGCACUGUGACUUUCUUCGACAUUCAGACUGUGGUGAAGCAGGUUCUUGGAUCCAAUGCAAUGCAUUCACUCUCACCUCAACAUCUGAGGCAGCUGUGCAGUAUUCUUGCUCAUCAGUCAGGUGUUAAUGGCAUUUCCUUCAGUUACCCCACCAAUGUUGAGAUAUCACGUACUGUGCAUACCAUUACUAUGGCAACAGGGGGUGAUGACAACAAACUUAGUAUAUGGGAUGUGCUGGUAGAUGUUUCAGAAAACACCAAAAUUAAAAUAACUAACAAAUGCAAUGUGUGUGGUCAUUCUGCACAAAUUACAGGUCUUCACUGGAUCUCAAGGGACUUGCUGAUGAGCACUUCUAUUGACCAAAGAUUAACAAUUUGGAAACUUCAUUAUAAACAGGAAAAUGAAUACCAUGAAGAAAGCAGUAGCAAUACAGAAAAGAUGAGUCAAAUAAAUUCAUGUAGAACCAGGAUUUCAGAUUUCAUAAGUGAAGCUAAAAGUGGGAGUGUGGAUAAGUUUUCCAUGUUAGCAUCAUUGGAACCAAUGUCUGUUUAUUUCACAGGAGUGCCAGAUGUGAAAGGUAUUGCUGCUGUUGAUGUGAAUGAGAGUUAUGGGAUCAGAACUUCUCAUGCACAAGAGAAAGCUAAGAGACUGAAGAGAAUUUUUGUGUAUGGAGUGGGAUUGCAAGUUUAUGAGCUAUACAUGGAUAGUGAUAUGGUUGCUUCAUGAUGUAUGUGACAUUGUAAACCCAGUGUAUGCAAUACUCUAAAUCACAGUGUAUAACAUUGUAUCCUACAGUAUUUGUGGCACUGUAACCCACAUGUAUGUGACUAACCCAUGUACCUCUUACUAGACUGAACAUGAAGAACCAAUUCUUAUUAUCUUUAUUCUAGAUUUUCAAUCAUUCACACGGUUGUUACCAGUGUUAUGCAUAUCACUACCUUCUACACUACAUAAUAUUUAUAUUGGCCCUCCAGUUAUAGAUAAGAAUACAAUUUGUCCUUUAAAGUUUCUUAUGAAUUGUGGUUUAGUUGUAAAUUAUUUUAGUCAUGGUAUUGUGGUCUGUUUUCUUCAGUACUUUUAUACAAUAUUUUGAUAUUGUUAAUGCAUGUGGGUGUUGAGGUAUACACAAAGAAGACAUUUGAGAGUAUUGGGUAAUAAUAAAAGUUUAAAGAACACAGUUAUAAAUAGGGCAGCCUGGAGGCUUUUCCUGUCACCACUCCCACCAAGGAGCCAUUAGCAAUCUUUACUCAGAGACUUUACCAGAGGCUUAAUUACACCAGUUAUGAAUGUCAGCAGAUGUAUCUAUGGAAGAUGAAAUGAUCCAUAGAGGAUAUAAGAGGGAAAAAUGUUGGUGGUGUGUUGAAGUAUGUUACAAAAAACGCGAUUUCUAAUAAGCAUAGAGAUCUCCAGUGAAUACUAGAAAGGACUGCCCUUCUAGCAUCCAGCCUGUUACUGGGUUUUCGUAAUAAGUAGUCAGUAUCCUGGUCCAAUUAUCCAUUAGAAUUCAGUAAGAAUUAUUAGUGCUUCAGGAUUUCAACUGGUAGGCUACUAACUAAAGAAAUUAAAAUUUAAUAAAUUUAUUAAUAACAAAGUCUAGAGGUAUAAGAUCAAAGUAAAUUAAAGUAAUAUAAACCAAAUAAGAAUAAUCACGUCUCUCGUGUACAGUAGUAUUGUGCUGAAGGCACAUAUCACAUCUUUAUGGCUUAUAAGUACCGUCUGGUACAUUGUUAACAUUUAAUAACCUAAUAUACAUAUAUACAAGUAAGUGUGUGUAUGUGUGUAAGUGCUCUAAGUAGUUCACUGUGUCUCAGGACUCGACUAGACUUAAACCAGUGACUGACAAAGUCCUCACAUCAACUAACUUCUUGACCACCUGGCAAUCAGAACAGCUUGCUUGAACAAUAAAACAACUGCUAAGCCCAAUAACAAUAUAUCAAGCAACUGCAACACAGAAUCAGGAUCAAGGAGAUAAUAUAAUGACACUAAGUAGGGACCAUCAGCAGAUCCUCCACAAAAGUCACAAAACUCCCAUACUACUGAAUUAAGUUCAGCAUAAGAAAAUCCCCAACUGUGACAGUUAGGUCAGAAGCUACAGUUCAGGACCUGAGUUGCUCAGAGUGUCUAUGCGACACAACCUCAGUACAGCGUCGAAAAUCACUAAGUCUAGACAGUGUUCUGUGAAAAGAGUUCUACAGAACCAACAAAAAGAAAGCGACAGAGACAAUCUUCCAACAAGGGCCAAUAAGGGAGAGUUAGGCACGUCUUGUCAGGAAUACGUCCAACCACCAAGAGAGUCUAGCCCAGACUGACUACUCCAGGCGAGGUGUGAACAUCCCCCCUCAAUCACGCGAUUGCUCCGUGGACAGCUGCUGCCCAACAACACAGAAGCCGGCAGAGUAACGAGCCACGAGCGAUAAUUACAGUAGUUAGACAAUCAAGACUUGAACUAUGAGCACUGAUUAUAUAUAAAUGUUACAUCCUACCUAACAAAAGUAACUAAGUCAAAUAAUAAUACAAAGCAAUAUAUUUACGAUUUAGCUAUUAUCGCAAAUAUUUAUUUUAUUAUCACACUGGCCGAUUCCCACCAAGGCAGGGUGGCCCGAAAAAGAAAAACUUUCACCAUCAUUCACUCCAUCACUGUCUUGCCAGAAGGGUGCUUUACACUACAGUUUUUAAACUGCAACAUUAACACCCCUCCUUCAGAGUGCAGGCACUGUACUUCCCAUCUCCAGGACUCAAGUCCGGCCUGCCGGUUUCCCUGAAUCCCUUCAUAAAUGUUACUUUGCUCACACAACAACAGCACGUCAAGUAUUAAAAACCAUUUGUCUCCAUUCACUCCUAUCAAACACGCUCACGCAUG